UAGGGGGGUUGCGCCAGGGUUGCGCGAACCAAUCACAGCCCAGUCUGUAUGCGCACUCCAGAGACGACGACCAUGGAGCGAAGUCGUGUCCUCUUCGAUUUUACUUCUAACUUUUGGGUUUAAUUCGUAGUAAUUGGAGUAAGGAGGAGGAGAGCAGCCCCCCUGAGUGAGAAGUUAUGGGGGAAAUAGAGGGUUCAUACCGGGUCCUGCCUACUCCUGGCACCAGACUCGGAGCCCAGUUCAACGCCGGGAUCAGUACAUUGGAGCCCGGUCAGAGCCUCAGUGCCAACAUGAUCAGUGGGAACCGCAACCAUGGAAGAGGACUGCAAAUCCGUGUGCAAGGGCUGGAUGAAACUCAGGAGUUUUUCGACAUUGAUCCCAAGUCUCUGGGGCAGACACUGCUGAUGGAGGUUUUCCAAAGAGGAAACAUUAUGGAGAGCGAUUAUUUUGGCCUGGAGUUUCAAAACACGCAGAUGAACUGGGUUUGGCUUGAACCGACUAAGCUCAUUAUGAGACAAGUUAGAAGGCCUGCAAAUACACUAUUUAGACUCUCUGUAAAAUUCUUCCCUCCGGACCCUGGUCAACUUCAGGAAGAAUAUACAAGGUACUUAUUCUCCCUACAGAUGAAGAGGGAUUUAAUCGAGGGAAGGUUGAUCUGCAGCGAAAAUACAGGAGCCCUGUUGGCAUCUCACCUUGUCCAGUCUGAGAUUGGAGACUAUGACGACGCUGCCGACCGUGAGUUUCUGAAGACAAACCGGGUGUUGCCUUAUCAAGAUAAAGUAGAGGACAAGAUCAUGGAGCUGCAUCGGAGACACCUGGGCCACACUCCAGCUGAAUCAGACUUUCAAAUCCUAGAAAUCGCCCGAAAACUGGAAAUGUAUGGCGUGCGCUUCCACCCCGCAGCCGACCGUGAAGGCACCAAGAUCAACCUCUCUGUGGCACAUAUGGGGCUGCAAGUUUUUCAGGGCAAUACAAAAAUCAACACUUUCAACUGGUCCAAGAUUCGCAAACUGAGCUUUAAGAGGAAACGCUUUUUGAUAAAGCUUCACCCAGAAGUUCAUGGCCCUCAUCAGGACACUCUGGAGUUUAUGAUGGGCAGUCGAGACCAGUGUAAAAUCUUCUGGAAGAUCUGUGUAGAGUACCAUUCAUUCUUCCGCCUGUUUGACCAGCCCCAGCCCAAAAACAAAGCCAAACUGUUCACCAGAGGCUCCUCCUUCAGAUACAGUGGAAGAACUCAGAAACAACUUGUGGAGUUUGUUAAAGAAAAUGGAGCAAAGAGGACGCCCUACCAGAGGAGGAACAGUAAGAUACGAAUGUCUUCUCGCUCUAUUACCAGCGAUGUGCCAAAACAGAGUUUGGCAUUCAAUGACAGCCUCCGGGCCCAAGGCUCUCCCUCUUCUGUAUCCUUCCACCCAGCGCACAUGUCCAACAUCUCCAGCCUCCACUCGAGACAGGACAUCCCACCGCCCUACGGCCUCAUCCACUGUGCAGCCCUUCCUCAGCAGCAGGUUCAGCCACAGUCCCCUCCUCAGUUCACCAGACCCCCCAGCCCGCCGAAGGAAGACUCUGUCAAGACCGCUGCCCCGUCUCAGUUGGCUUUUCAAGAUUCGGUGGACAGCCCGCAGCUCUCCCCAUGUAUCUCCAAAGGCCCUCUCUGUCUGUCUCCCUCCUUUCAAAUGUCGACCCUGAGUCUGCCGGGACACACCUCGCCCCUGCAGAGCCCCAUUCUGACUGAAGGGGGCAGCAAUGCCAAACUAGAGGAAGAGGAGGAGGGCAGGAGGAAGCGUUACCCUACAGACAAGGCCUACUUCAUUGCCAAAGAGAUUCUGACCACGGAGCGAACAUAUCUGAAGGAUCUUGAGGUUAUCACUGUGUGGUUUCGCAGCGCAGUGAUCAAAGAGAACGCAAUGCCCGAGGGCCUCAUGAACCUUCUCUUCUCAAACAUUGACCCCAUCUACGAGUUUCACCGUGGCUUUCUCAAAGAACUGGACCAGCGGCUGGCCCUAUGGGAGGGGAGGUCAAAUGCUCACGUCAAAGGGGACUACCAGAGGAUCGGUGACGUCAUGCUCCGAAACAUGUGUGCGCUAAAGGAGUUCACCAGUUACUUGCAGAAACAUGACGAGGUGCUGACAGAGCUGGAGAAGGCCACCAAGCGUCUGAAGAAACUGGAGACAGUUUAUAAAGAGUUUGAGCUGCAGAAAGUCUGCUAUUUGCCUUUGAACACGUUUCUGCUGAAGCCCAUCCAGCGCCUCAUGCACUACAAGCUCAUACUGGAGAGGCUGUGCAAGCACUACUCCCCAGCACAUAAGGACUACGACGACUGCAAGGAGGCCUUGAAGGAAGUGGCUGAGAUUGCGACUCAGCUCCAGAGCAGCUUGAUCCGACUGGAGAAUUUUCAAAAACUGACAGAGCUGCAGAGGGACUUGAUCGGGAUCGAAAACCUGACCGCCCCUGGACGAGAAUUCAUCAGAGAAGGAUGCCUAUACAAACUGACUAAGAAAGGCCUGCAACAGAGAAUGUUUUUCCUGUUCUCAGAUAUGCUUCUCUACACAAGCAAAGGGGUCACAGCAACCAACCAGUUUAAAGUUCAUGGCCAGCUGCCUCUUCACGGCAUGAUUGUGGAAGAAAGUGAAAAUGAGUGGUCUGUCCCACACUGCUUCACCAUCUACUCUGCUCAGAGGACCAUUGUUGUGGCUGCCAGCUCAAAAGUGGAAAUGGGGAAAUGGAUUGAGGAUCUGAACUUUGCGAUCGACAUGGCCAAAAAAUCUCAGGAGAAGUCCACUGUGUUCAUUGACUCUCAACUAUGUGAUCGCUCAAAUCGCUCAUCGGAUGAGGUUUCUCUGGAACAGGAGUCGGAGGAUGACAUGAACUCAUCGCGCACGUCUUUAGACAAGCAGACACACCACCGCGCCAACACCACCAUGCACGUGUGCUGGCACCGCAACACCAGUGUGUCAAUGUCCGAUCACUGCCAGGCCGUGGAGAACCAGCUCUCUGGAUACCUGCUCAGAAAGUUUAAAAACAGCAAUGGGUGGCAGAAACUCUGGGUUGUUUUUACCAACUUCUGUUUAUUCUUCUACAAGACCCAUCAGGAUGAUUUCCCACUGGCCAGUCUCCCUCUACUGGGAUACACAGUGAGCACCCCCGAUGAGUCUGACGGCAUCCACAAAGAGUACGUCUUUAAACUGCAGUUCAAGUCCCACGUGUACUUCUUCAGAGCGGAGAGCGAGUACACUUUCGAACGAUGGAUGGAGGUGAUCAAGAGUGCCGCCAGUACGACGGGCCGGAUGACUUUGCUCAUCCCCAAAGGAGGAACAGGUCCCAUGGAAAUUAAUGGGAAUGGCAUUUAGGUAUUCAGUUUCACUCUGAGGGCUGGGCCUUCAGCAGAAACAUUUCACUUCUAACAAGAAUCAAAGCAAUUAAACUGGAACCUGAGCAAUACUGCCAGUUUAUCAUGUAACAUUUCUAAUUACGUGUGCGUUAUUUUUGUUUGUUUUUCAUUGAUGUAUAAGAUAACACUUGUUGUGAUGGAUCACAAGAGAGAUACUUUAAUGUUAUAUGCUGCCUAAUCAGGCUAUUAUUGACUGAUCAACAUAGCAGGUUAGUAUUAUUUUAUGGGACCAAUUUGAACCCAAAGGACUUGACCCUUGGAUUUUUUUUCUUAUUUUGACUGAAACUAUGUGGUUUUGAUUUGAACAAAGAUGACCUAUAGCAUGUGUGAAUGGUGUGUCAUAGACACUUUACGUUGUAAUUCAUGGUACAAGCUACUGUGCAAAAGUGUGAUUUUUGACAAUAAAGGUGUAUCAAUGUAUACAUUACAAAAUGUGUUAAAAUAGAUAAAAAGACAAUAGAAAAAUGACAACGAUAUAAGAAAACCUCAAGGAUCAAUCAUCAUGAGCAAAAGCCUUUGCCAAGGCAUUAUAUCUUGCAAUGGUGAAAAUGCAGUGCCCAGACCUAAAACAAAUCUGUUUUCAAUGUGCCACAAAUCUCACAAUUAUAGCCCAGUACAUUUCACUUAAAAGGUACAUUUGUAUGGUUCUGCAUUGUUAUUGGCCACUAAAACUUUUGCACAGUAUUGAAUAACGACUGAAAGGGGAUAAGAGGGUUAACUGAACGUGUAAU